CCAUCGGCCAACCGCAACCUCAAUGAGCUGAGCUAUCUAUCCAUUGAUUCACAGCCAUGUCUUUGAUAGGUGGGGGGGUUCGCGCACGUCAUAUUAGUCUCCAACUCCCAUUUAUAAACUGAAUCAUAUAUAAAUAUCAAUCAGUCAGGCAUACUUACCUAUACACACUAUGCUUUCUGGUGAUGUGAAGAAGUCUAAAGGUCUCACUGGAAGAAUAUCAAUCACAAUAUGUCGGCCGGUCUUGAGUCGCUGAAGCACAUUUCUAAGGACUCAGGGUUCCCAGUUACCCUUCACCCUCACUUCUCACCCAAGAUCAAGGAUCAUGUCCCUCCGGACCCAAUCAGAGAAGAGAUAGUCCCCGAUAAAGAUCGAGCUUCAUUCGCAGACCCAGAGAAGAAGGCGUUGUUUGAAGUCGCCAAGAGGGUUGACUUGACAGAAUCAAUCGGUACUGUACUGGAGAAUGUUCAACUCUCACAUCUGAGCCCCCAACAGUUAGACGAGCUUGCCUCACUGGUUAAUGAGCGUGGCGUGGUCUUCUUCCGAGGCCAAGACUUGACGACUGAGCAACAGGUGAAGCUCUUCGAACAUUAUGGCACCUUAGACCGGCACCCCGCCCAGAAGGACGUCAGACAUGUGGUGAUUCGAGGCAGCCGGGAGGACCAUCGCGAGAUUCUCAAGUAUACGCCAUGGCCGUCCGGAGACUUUCACGCUGAUACCUCGUUUGAAAUCAACCCGCCAUCUUACUCGCUACUGCGGAUGGAAGAGCACCCGCCAGUCGGAGGAGACACGGCGUGGGUUUCUGGGUACGGCCUCUACGACGCGCUAAGCGACGCGAUGAAAAAGUUCGUCGAGGGUCUGCACGCAGUGCAUACUUCGCGGCUGCAGUAUGACACUAUCCUGGACCUAUGGGGAGUAGGUCCGAACCGUCCCCCUAUCGACUCACACCAUCCAGCCGUCAGGACUCAUCCCGUGACAGGGCUCAAAUCGCUGAAUGUGAAUCCGGGUUUCGUCACGGGGUUUGCCGAGUUGAAGAAAUAUGAGUCGGAUAAGCUGCUGGACUUCUUCACGUACCACAUCCAUUCCGCUGACGACCACUCGGUCCGGUGGAAGUGGGAUGUGGGGAGCGUGGCGAUGUGGGAUAAUAGGUGUGUGCUGCACCGUGUCAUUCCUGGGUCGUACGAAGCACCUAGAAGAGGAAUUCGUACAACGGUUUUUGGAGAAAAACGUAAGUGAUUGCUAAUUUUCAGCUUGGCUUCAUUUUGAGUUUUGCGUCUAACAUCAUACAGCUUAUUUCGAUCCGGCCAGUGAGGGUAGAGCUGAGAGAGAGCGGAGGCUCAAGUCGGUGGUGACAAAUGAUACCUAGUAUAAGUAAUCAAAUUAGUACACCAGCUUAAGUAUAUACCAGGCGCGAUUAUAUGAGGACAAUUGGCCAUUAAUGAGUCGCUUGGAUUACGAGGAAGCUAAAUAACUUUAUCAAUGCCAAUCUCUUUUGUGAGUAGUGCCACUUCAUUGGUGAUUACGAAAA